CAUGAUCUCGCAUUUUAAAGCCUUUUAAACAAAACAUGGCUUUAGAUUUAAAGGCUUCAAAUGAAUCCGACUAUAUCUGGUAGAAUACAAACAAGAUACAGUCUAUAGACGAUGCACUUGGCCGCAUAGGUCACCGCUAGGUGUCGUCUCUCAAUGAAUCCUUAACAUCUUUGGCUUUUAUCACGUAGCGACUUUCGUUUACGUGGAAGGAUUAACACAUUUUUCGUGGUUUAACCACUACAUUGAAUUAAUUUCAACAUAUCCAAGGACUGCCCCUGUUAGGCAGUGUUACUCUUCGUGAUGGGGCGUAAACAUCUGUCCUGGGAACCAUUCGUGUUUGGUGGAAUGGCCUCAGUUGUCGCUGAAACUGGAACCUUUCCGAUUGACACAACAAAGACAAGGCUUCAGAUACAGGGGCAGAAAAUAGAUGCCCGACUCACGCAACUCAAAUACAAUGGCAUGAUACAUGCCUUGUUGCGAAUAUUUCGCGAGGAAGGACUACCGGCUUUAUACUCAGGAAUUGCACCAGCACUUUUGCGGCAGGCCAGUUAUGGGACCGUGAAGAUUGGAGUCUACCAAUACAUGAAACGUGUAUUCGCUGAUAAUGAAAAAGAGGAGUCACUACCGGUUAACGUGUUCUGCGGCAUGGUUGCGGGCAUCAUUUCCAGCUCCAUCGCAAAUCCAACAGACGUUCUCAAGGUGCGUAUGCAGGCCCGAUGCUCCCUCAAGGGAGAUGAGAAGAUGUUGAGAGCCUUCAAGGACAUCUUCCGAGAGGAGGGAAUCAAAGGACUGUGGAGGGGUGUAGGACCUACCGCUCAGCGUGCUGCUAUUGUAGCUGGUGUAGAACUGCCAACCUACGACGUCAUCAAGAAGUACCUCCUCCACAGUGGCAUCAUGGGAGACAACACACAGAACCACUUUGUCUCCAGUUUUAUAGCAGGGCUAGCUGGGGCAAUAGCUUCCACACCUGUGGAUGUCAUCAAGACUCGCAUGAUGAACCAACGGAAUCUCAAGUCCUCUGUGGUGUUGGCCAAUGGUGUAGCUGUGUCUGCCAUAUAUACCUCAUCCUUCGACUGUCUCAUGACGACCGUGCGUACAGAGGGAGUCAUGGCGCUGUACAAGGGUUUUACACCCAACUGGCUACGUUUAGGUCCAUGGAACAUUAUUUUCUUCAUGACAUAUGAACAGCUCAAGAAACUGACAUAAAUUUCUCACCAAAGUCAGCUUAUCUAACAUUUCCCGUGGCUCUCUAAAUUAGUCUUUGUGCAGGCUAGUCCUUGACAUCUAGUUCUUCAGUCUUUGCACAGGCUAAUCCUUGACAUCAAGUUCUUUAGUCUUUGCGCAGGCUAAUCCUUGACAUCAAGUUCUUUAGUCUUUGCGCAGGCUAAUCCUUGACAUCUAGUUAUUGAGUCUUUACGCAGGCUAAUCCUUGACAUCAAGUUCUUUAGUCUUUGCGCAGGCUAAUCCUUGACAUCUAGUUCUUAAGUCUUUGCGCAGGCUAAUCCUUGACAUCAAGUUCUUUAGUCUUUGCACAGGCUAAUCCUUGACAUCAAGUUCUUAAGUCUUUGCGCAGGCUAAUCCUUGACAUCAAGUUCUUAAGUCUUUGCGCAGGCUAAUCCUUGACAUCAAGUUCUUAAAUCUUUGCGCAGGCUAAUCCUUGACAUCAAGUUCUUGAGUCUUUGUGCAGGCUAAUCCUUGAAAUCAAGUUCUUAAGUCUUUGCGCAGGCUAAUCCUUGACAUCAAGUUCUUGAGUCUUUGUGCAGGCUAAUCCUUGAAAUCAAGUUCUUAAGUCUUUGCGCAGGCUAAUCCUUGACAUCAAGUACUUAAGUCUUUGCGCAGGCUAAUCCUUGACAUCAAGUUCUUGAGUCUUUGCGCAGGCUAAUCCUUGACAUCAAGUUCUUGAGUCUCUGCGCAGGCUAAUCCUUGACAUCAAGUUCUUGAGUCUUUGCGCAGGCUAAUCCUUGACAUCAAGUUCUUUAGUCUUUGUGCAGGCUAAUCCUUGACAUCAAGUUCUUGAGUCUUUGCGCAGGCUAAUCCUUGACAUCAAGUUCUUAAGUCUUUGCGCAGGCUAAUCCUUAAAAUCUAGUUCUUGAGUCUUUGCGCAGGCUAAUCCUUGAAAUCAAGUUCUUAAAUCUUUGCGCAGGCUAAUCCUUGACAUCAAGUUCUUGAGUCUUUGUGCAGGCUAAUCCUUGACAUAAAGUUCUUAAGUCUUUGCGCAGGCUAAUCCUUGACAUCAAGUUCUUUAGUCUUUGCACAGGCUAAUCCUUGGCAUCAAGUUCUUAAGUCUUCGCGCAGGCUAAUCCUUGACAUCAAGUUCUUGAGUCUUUGCGCAGGCUAAUCCUUGACAUCUAGUUCUUUAGUCUUUGCGCAGGCUAAUCCUUAAAAUCUAGUUCUUGACUCAUGGUAUCAUAUUCUAUUUAGAGAAUUAAGAAAUAUGAUGAAAUAUUUGAAUAUUCAAUCAUAAGUCAAAUAAAUACAACAGUAAAAUUAAAGAGACAACUAAGUAGGACAGGGAAUUUUGGGAGAAUGAAAUGUCAAGGUAUUCAACAAGCAAGAUUUCCCGACAUCUUUUAUGUUUUUCGGCGCUGCUAAUCUGCCUAGAUCAGACAGACUGUUGUUAUGGAAACAAGAAAGGAAGAUCUAAAGUCUUGCUUGUAUCGAAUUAAUAAGGGAAUGCUGCUACACAUUGGUGGUCUAGAAGAUAGGUUACACAAGGUGUGACGGUGAUUGAGAGAAGAGAUCUAAGAAAUUAGAUUUUCGACGGGAUAAGGCAUCUGUGAUGAAGACAAUUGUGAUGGACUUUUAAAAUUACCAGUAUAAACCUCAGACAAAUUAUGAACCUAUCAAUAGAUGAAGUUUUUUCACCCUUUUUGUUGAGUUUAAUGUCUUACAUAUCGAUUUUGUUUUAACCUAAACUCAAUAACAUCCAUUUUGAAUGUUCUUCAAUACAUGUGCAUUGACAUUUAGCCAUUGUUCUAAUAAGGACAUUUGUUUUUUGACUGAAAUUUAUUGAUACAUAUGGAAGUCAUUCAAACUGUCUUAUUUGGAAAAUGCGUGAUAUACACAGAAUGUACAAUAACAUACAUGGCUUCUUUUAAAACCCACAGGAAUUUUUAUCUAUAAUCAUAAACCGACGAUGAAUAAUAGCAAUAAGCACAGCAUUAUUAUUGCUUCAACUUAAUGUUGUAUUUUUAUUGUAAUGAUGUCCAUUAAACACAAUUUCGACACAUCUCUUGAAUCUUGCAAAUGUUUUGAAAUCAUACAAUUUAUUUCUGCCAUUGUUCCUUUUUUCUGUAGCUAAAUUACCUGAAUUAAAAAAUGUUUUAAUGUUUUGGAUAUUGCCAUUUAAAAAAUACGCAGCACAUUGUGUUUUAAUUCUGUAAAACACCAGUGCUGUGUAUUUGUUAUUUUUUAUUAUAUGUGCAAUACAUUUUAUUGUUGAUUCACAACAAACUUGAAUAUGAGAUUUUUUUCCAUGCAUUCCUGAAGGUUAAUAGGGUAAUGUCAGUGAUUUUAAAUUGGUAAUUCACUGUUUUAAACAGUGAAAAAUGCAAUGAAAGUGAUCAAUUAUUUUCAUUGAAAAUGUUAAAAAUAAUAUCAAGUCUGAUUUGUCAUACUUUAACAAUCUUUGUAACUACUAACUACAGAUGCGUAUUUGCUGCUGCCAAUUUCAAUCAUGUUGAUCAAUAGAGAAAGUAGUGUUUAUUUUAUAAUUUCUGUUUAAAUAAUUGUAAAAAUUAUAUAGUGACUGUGUUUGUAUUGCUUUUGAUAUGAUUUUAAUAUAUAUAUAAGUUUGGCACCGAUUGUUCAGGAAUACAGAUAUGUUAAUAACAUUUUAUAAAUGUGCUUGUUCUUCCAUAUUCCAAAACAUUCCGUGGCCUACAUAAAUGAACAUGUACAUGUCAACGGUAGAUCGUGACGGAUUUUUUAAACGAUUUUUUUUUUUCUAUUUUUUUUUAAAAGUUUACGUACCUGUUAGAAUAAGUCAAACUAUGCUGUUAUUAAUGGAAAUACCUCUAGAAUAGUGUACGCCUCUUGUGUGGCUACUUGUUUGAUAAAAAAAACAGAAAACACUUGAAGAGAAUAAGGUUAACUGUUUUUGAAUUUUGAUUCCAAUAGGUAUAUGGGUAACAUACCAAUAGCAGCUGAAUAAUAGACUUGUGUUAAGUCAUAACCUUCGCAUAAGUAUUGUUUUUAUUGUUAACUUUUUUAUGUUAAUUUACUGUAGUUUAAAUUGUUUUGAGGGGAGAUUUGUGCCAUAACUUCAAUUUCGAAAAUAAUAAUUUUUAAAUCUGAGUGUAUGCUACGUUUGUUGAUUGGCACGAUGUUGUUUCCACCCUUUUAGUGGAGGUAUCUCCAUGUUGUAGUAAACUUUUGUAUGAAGGUUUGCAGAGAUUUUGGGAUUUAUAACUGUAAAUAAACGUUUUAUGAACAUUUAUGUGGGUAAUUUUAAUAACUUGUUAAAUAUGAGCUGAAACUGCCAUAUUUGGUCAAUUAUUUUUGUUUGCAUUAAUUAUAAUUUAAGGGAGCUUUUGUUUGCUGAAUUAACAAAUAAUGAUACAUUUGUUUAAUUCAGCUUUCAUAUUCUUUUUUGUUCAAUAAUGACGGUAUGUAAUGAUUCUGAAAAAGGUAUUAACUCUUAAAAAUAUUUGUUAUAUUUAUUGAAAGAUUUAUUUGGUAUAAUAGCAUUAUACCUGCACAGAAAAUCUGUAUUUUCUUAAUGAAGGUAAAAGGCAGUUUAACAAAUAGCUUGCAUGUUUUACUUUUACAUGUUUCAUAUACAAAUUUAUUAAGUUAUUUUAGGUUCAUAUUUCUGUCUGUAAAAUUAUUACAUGUACAUGCCACUAACAAGUGUUUUGUCCGGCUAUGGCAGUUUGAUUUCCUUGUGUAAUUGUUGUAUUGUUACUAUUUAUUUGGAAUAGUUUGCAAACAUAGACCUGCUACUUUUGAACUCUUUAAUAUUGCCUUUUUCUAGGAAAACUCUGGUAAAUGCAUUUUGGUAACAUGUCGUCCCAGAUAAGCCUGUGCAGUCAACACAGGCUAAUCAGGCACUACACUUUCCGCAUUUAUUAUGCCCCCCUUCGAAGAAGAGGGGGUAUAUUGCUUUGCUCAUGUCCGUCUGUCGGUCGGUCUGUCGGUCGGUCCGUCCACCAGGUGGUUGUCAGACGAUAACUCAAGAACGCUUAGGCCUAGGAUCAUGAAACUUCAUAGGUACAUUGAUCAUGACUCACAGAUGACCCCUAUUGAUUUUGAGGUCACUAGGUCAAAGGUCAAGGUCACUGUGACCCGAAAUAGUAAAAUGGUUUCCGGAUGAUAAUUCAAGAACGCUUAUGUCUAGGAUCAUGAAACUUGAUAGGUAGAUUGAUCAUGACUAGCAGAUGACCCCUAUUGAUUUUCAGGUCACUAGGUCAAAGGUCAAGGUCACGGUGACUCCAAAUAGUAAAAUGGUUUCCGGAUGAUGAUUCAAGAACACUUAUGCCUAGGAUCAUGAAACUUGAUAGGUAGAUUGAUCAUGACUAGCAGAUGACCCCUAUUGAUUUUCAGGUCACUAGGUCAAAGUCACUGUGACCCGAAAUAGUAAAAUGGUUUCCGGAUGAUAACUCAAAAACGCUUAUGCCUAGGAUCAUGAAACUUGAUAGGUACAUUGAUCAUGACUGGCAGAUGAGCCCUAUAGAUUUUCAGGUCACUAGGUCAAAGUGACCCGAAAUAAUAAAAUGGUUUCCUGAUAAUAACUCAGGAAAGCUUAUGGCUAGGAUCAUGAAACUUCAUAGGUACAUUGAUCAUGACUCCCAGAUGACCCCUAUUGAUUUUCAGGUCACUAGGUCAAAGGUCAAGGUCACAGUGACAAAAAACAUAUUUACAAAAUUGCUGUCACUACAACUUGGAGCCCAUAUGGGGGGCAUGCAUGUUUUACAAACAGCCCUUGUUUAUUUGUUUGUUAAGUCUCUUGUAGCUGAAAAUCCAGUUUAAGCUGCAAGAAUCUAGACCCUAAUAAGUCUAUGCAGACUGCACAGGCUAAUCUGGGACAACACUUGAAGCACAUGCAUGAAGCCCAGUUUUCACAGAUUAAUGCUAAGUAUAUACGAGUCGCAAUCAGAGAAAACAGGGUAAUAAGGGAUGACACUUUCUGUUUUUAUGGCAUUUUUCAUUAAAAUGAAGUCUCUUCUUAGCAAAAAUCCAAUUUAGGCGGAAAGUGUCGUCCUGGAUUAGCCUGUGCGAACUGCACAUGCAUUAUGCUCAGUUUUCCUAGAACAAUGCUUAGUAGUUAUCAAGCUUGGAUUGUGUCCAAUAGUCAUUUUCUGUUUUGUUUUAGCACGUUUUCCAUGAUUAAUGCCGUCAUGGCAGUAAGAUCUUAAAUAUAUCUGUUUAACCAAAUCCAGUUAGAAAUUGUAAAUGUAUCCCUUGUUUAAGUACAUAAAUAUAUGAGCCGUGCUUAUGAAAAGGGGGUGUAAUGCAUAUGCGUAAAGUGUCGUACCAAAUUAGCCUGUGAAGGCUGAUCAGGGACAACACUUUUCGCCUAAACUUGAUUUUUGCCAAGAAGAGACUUUCUUGAAGCAAACAAUAAUAUCAUUAAAUCUGAAAGUGUGGUCCCAGACUGCACAGGCUAACUGGGACUUUACGCACAUGCAUUAAACCCCCUUUUCACAGAGUGCGGUUCAUAUAUAUGUGCCUAAAUAUCAGUGCCAGGUAAAUGUUUGCAAGCUGUUGAAUGUCACAUAGGGCAUAAAUGUUUCCAGAUUAUGAUAAUGUUACAAUGAGCAAUGGACAUUGUGUAUUUUACAAGCAAGAAGACAAAUUUUGCUUUUUAUUUCCUUUGCUCAAAGAAAAUAAAUUAUGAGCAGAAA